AUGGGCUUCCGCCGCACAGCAAAACUUAUCGCAGUGGCCAUCGCUGGAAUCCAACGCGCGGAAGCGCUCCAGCCGCGCCAUCACAAUGCGCCUACGUGUGCCUUCCAUAGCGCAUCGGAGGCGUUUCUCGUGCCGACGUGUGUCAGUUCGAGGAGUGCCGUGCAAAACAGGCGCCCCGCCGAGCGCUUCGCUUUAGACACGGACCCAGGCAAGGACGGAGAUGAUGAGCAAAGCAACAAAGCUAGUGAGCCCGGCAGGAUCCACGAUGACAGGGAAGAUCACACCACUGUUCACGAGGAGUACGAACGCGAGAGCAUUGAGUACAUCGACAAACAACUGUUACAGCAGUCGGGGGAGCGAACGGCGGACAAUGGCGGCGCUGGAGAGCAGGAGGCCGACAAGGAUAAUUACUUCAACUGGGACAGGGUCAGGGAUAACAGGAAUAUGACGAGCGACGAGGUGGUGAAGUCGGUGGACUCGACGGGAAUGCGGGAACUGGAGAAAGGGCCGAGACCGACGCUGGCGGGACGCGGCACCGACAUGCGCCUCAACAUCGAAGACUUCCCGACAAACGUUGAUACCGGGCGCCUUAACGAGUGGGUGCCGAGCUGGCAUCCAGGAGAGAAGGUGAUGUCCUUCUUUCCGAUACUCAUCGAUCAGUACUCACUGCUGCCUUCGCCGCUGCAGCUGGGAUUCGAGGACCCCGUUGUCUUCAGGGGCAAAUAUGUGGACAUGACCUUCAACUCCCUGAUAGAUAACGUAGCCAUGCCGGAUGGCAGCACCAAGCAGAUAUACGGGAUGUGCUUCAUCAACCCCAACUCCGGCCAACUGGCGCCCCUUGCCGUAUACGCGGAGCUCCUGUCGAGGGAGGCGUUCGUGGACGGAGGCGGAGAGAGACUCAAGGUCAAAGGAAGGGUGCUCGGAAGGGUUCUGCUGCAUCAGGUGGUGAUGGAGGAGCCCUUCAUCAAGGCGAAAAUCAUUCCAAUGGAGGACGACCCCAAGUUCACCGAGCUCGACGAGGUACCGAAGCUGGUGGACGAGAUAACCAGCCUGCACGAUAUGUGCAACAAAGUAGAAUGCGAAAUGAUGGAGCUUAUGGGACAGCAUUACGCGGUGGCACGCAUCAAAAGCAGGCCGGAACUCCACGACGUGAUCGACCAAAGACUGGACCACUUCGACAUCGACCUCGCCACGGGGGCGCAGGCCUUCGCUCAAAUCGCAGCAUACACAGCAUUUGAUUUCCACCUCACUGCAGACGAACGCUACGACGCUCUGACAAUGCAAAACUCUAUAGACAGGCUGCGUUACGUCAGGGACAGCCUCAGGUCUAAGCUCAAGCAACUCAACAUCCUCAAAAAGGCGCCGAGGGACCGACUGGAAGACAUCCUCGAGCAGAUGAAACAGAUGCAGCUCAACAGGGAAGAGGCGGCUGAAUCAGUUGCCAACGAAGGCGACCAAAACGGCGAUGAGUAG